AUGGACGAGAAUAAGUUAAUUGACCAACUAUUGGGUAAAGAAUACGAGCCACAAGAUGAUCCGGACGAGGUAAAGAACGAAGAUGUGUCGUUAUAUGGAUUGUUGGAUGAGGUGGCAAAUGGUAGGAGACUAAUGAACUGUUUGUUCCAUUCAUCUAUGCAAGAAGGAAAAAAGGUAGGCACCGAUAAGCUUGCUAGGAAAUGUCGACAAAUACUAAGGGUUUGGACCGAUGAGGAGAAAACUAUAACCAUGAAUUCAGGUGUUUUACAACUGGAUGGCCCAGUUUUAUUUUCCUGGAGUCAUAAUUCAGCACCCAUUUCUACACAAAAGACUGCAAAUGCAGCCCUACCCAAGGAUUCUAUGCACAAAGAAAACGACAAGGCUAAUGUCACCACUACGAGACAAUUAUUUGAUAUAGCUUCUGCAGAGAUCGAUAAAUGUAUAGCACCGAACAGCAAGAGUUGGAUGGGAGGGAAAUGUUUUGGAGAAAAUGAGCCAAGCGGCACUGAGAGCAAUAAACAUUCUUCUGCAUGGGCUAACUCGGAUUUUAAAGUAGACCCUCUACAGAAAUUCAUUGUCAAAGAAUUGCCAAAGACAAAGAAGAAACCUGACGACGAUCAAGCAAAGAAAACCAAAUCAAAAAGAAAGAGCUUUUUUGGAUUUUGGAGUCAUUCUGGUACCAAAUCAAGUUCGAAGAAGAAAUCCGAGAAGUCCAUGGAGGCCAAGGCGGAAAUCCAUGAAGAGGCAGAAAAUACUAGCCGGCCGCCGAAAGAAGAUAAUACUUUAAACGACGGGAAUACUACACAAUCAAACCAAGAGAGCACAAAUAACCAGCAGGUCAAACCCACAGAAAGCGAACCUCCAGCUGUCGACGACGGAUGUCGUGAUUAUGAUGAGUUCGGCGGAUUCGAACAAGCGUCUCUGCACGCCAGUGAUCUUCUUUCCAGUGAGCCCAGCAUUGCUAGCAUCCACUCACUGAAGCUGGGCUCAUUUGUCCCAUUGCAACCAAAGAAGAAAACUUAA